AUGGAUGAUGACCAAGCACUUGAAUUUGAAGUACUGGAGGGCAUACUGAGUGAUCCAAGUGCAGAGCCAAUCAGGCUAUCUUAUGGACUUAUGAAAUUCAUCACAGAAAACUUUUCAAAUGAAAUUGGUCGUGGUGCAUUUGGAGUUGUUUGUAAGGGAGAAUUGCAAAAUGGGGUGGUUGCUGUGAAGAUGUCCAACGCGUAUAGUGUUACUGAUAAGCAAUUCAUGGAUGAGGUCAAGUGUUUAAAGAGUGCAAAUCACAAGAAUAUAGUAAGAUUUCUAGGCUAUUGUGCAGAUACAAAAGAGGAAAUCAUGCCAUUGGAUGGAACAUUUGUGAUGGCAGGGGAACGGUAUAGAUUGCUUUGUUUUGAGUAUGUUCCUGAAGGAAACAUUCGGGAGUAUCUUCAACAAGAGAAAGCUCAAGGAGACGACUGGUCUGUCCGCUACAAUAUGAUUAGGGGAAUUUCUCAGGGUUUGCACUUUCUACACAACAAGCAAAUUAAUCAUCUAGACUUGAAACCAGAAAAUAUUAUGUUGGAUGCUGAGAUGGAACCAAAAAUUACUGAUUUUGGUUUAUCAAGAUUUUUAGGUCAAGGUCAAUCCAAGAUGAUUACUCAACACAUAGUCGGAACAUUACGAUAUAUUGCACCAGAAAUCAUAGAUGAAGGAGAAAUAUCAUUCAAAUCGGACAUAUAUGCUCUGGGCAUCAUUAUCAUAGAACUUUUAACUGGGAUCAGCAUGAUAAGUCUUGAGAAUUGGGAGGAAUCAUUAUUCAUCGUGGACUGCCCACGAGCGAGGAGGUGCACUGAAAUAGCUCGAAACUGUGCGGACCGCAACAAACAUAAUAGACCUACGGUGCGUGAAAUAAUUAGUGACCUAGAAGAGCUGGAGAGUGUGAGUCGACGGUCUUCCAUAAACCAAGUACGUAUGACUAAUUCAAGGCAGAGCUGUCGCUUUUGA